AUGAGCAUGUCGGGCCUGGGCCACGGGCUCGGCGGGUCCGUAGGCGCGUCGCUGGCGUCCCUGGGAGUGUCGGGGAGUCACGGCGACGCGGCGGCGGGGGGCGCGGGGAUGGCGGGAUUGGCGGGGAUGGGGCCGGUGGCGGGGAUGGGGAGCAUGGCGGGGAUGGCUGGGAUGGGGGGAAUGGCGGGGAUCACGGGGAUGACGGGAAUGGCGGGAAUGACGGCUAUGGCGGGGAUGGCGGGGACGAGUGGAUGGAUGCACCACGGCAUGCAUCCGCCGGGAGCCGUUUCGCUUGCUACCCGAGGCGGCGGAGCGGCGAGCAUGGGGGCCAUGGCGGAGGGGCUGAUGGCGGGGGCGUCGCAACUGGGCGGCGGCACCAGUGCGGCGGGCGCCAUGUGGAUGGCGCAAGCCCAGCGACAACAGUCGACGGGAAACGCCAGCGAGCAGAGAGUUCGAGCCACGCCGGAUUUCGCGGAGGUGUACCGGUUCAUAGGGUUCGUGUUCGACCCUUCCACGUCGGGCCACCUCGCGCACCUCAAGGCCAUGGCGCCCAUCGACCGCGAAACCGUGCUCCUUCUCAUGCGAAACCUCUCCAUGAACCUCGCCAACCCCGAGUUCCAGCAGCAUGACGCGUUCAUGCAACUCAUGAGAGGCACGGGCGGCAACGACGCCUCGUCACCACCAUUAGCAGCAGCAGCAGCAGCACCAGCAGCAAACGCAGAAGCAAACACAGAACCCGCAGGCGCCGCAGCAGCAGGCGCUACAGUAGACGGAGAAGCAGCAGAUGUGAGGGCGGCAGCAGGGAGCCGGGGUGCAGAGGACAAGGCGUCAUCAGAAAAUGCCAAGUCUAACGUUGGCGCAGCUGAUGCAACAGGGGGAUCACAAGAGCCCGAGGAGAAGACGAGUAGGCAGACUCAGGCCCAGGAGCAAAGGCCAGAGAGUGCUGCGGGCUGUGUGAAGUGGGAAGAAGGUAGGGCGGAGGCGGGCAGGUUAGCGGGAAGUGGAGUUGGUGCAGAUGCUGCAGCAGCUGCUCGAGAGAGUGCGAAGGAACGAGCAGCAGAGGAGGAUGGUGCGGUGGGAAUGGAGGUGGAAGGGGGAGAGGCGAGGCUGCUAGGCGAUGGACAAGAACGGGUUGACGGAGCCAAUGGGGUCAAUGCAUCGUCCCCUGCGCCCACCACGCCCUCUCGCCCACACUCCGCCCUUCACUCCGCUGCCCAUUCCGACCAACACCUCCUGGCGCACAACCACCAGGCGCUCCUCACAGCCAUGCGCGGAGGCGCUAGCAGCCUAGGGGGGGACGUGCCCCGCGCCAUAGGAGGGGGCAUGGCCAGCAGCAUGCGGGGCAAUGUGCCCCGUGGGGUAGGAGUGGGGGGGGAGAUGCCCCUUGGGAACGUACCUAUGGGCGGGGGGGAUGUGGAGGAGCUCUUCAUGAUGUCCCAUAUGAUGUCUGCCUGGCCAGGAUUCUCUGGAUUUGAUCUGCCAGAGGAUGUCAAGCCGGGUACGCUGCCCCUCCCUGCGAAUCUUCCUGGUAAUCCGCAUGCCAAUCUCCCAGCCGGCCUCUCUGCAACUCUCCCUGCGGGGCUGUCUGCGACGCCGCCGCUGCAGUACCUGCCGCAGUUUGCUGCUGCUGCUGCCGCGGGUGGCAUGGCCGGAGCAGCUGUGGUCUCGGCAGGAGGCGUGGUAUCCGAGGCAGGAGCCGAGGCAGCAGGUUCGGCAGCGAGGUCAUCGAGUGGGUUGGGGGCAGGAACGGGUGGUGGAGCUGCAGGGAAGAGAGUGGGUGCGAGCACAGAUGCAGAGGUGCUGGCGCUGACAGCUGCUGUAGCAGCGCGAGCAGCAGGGACAGGCACGAGCGGUGGUGCUAAUGCUGCUAGUGGCAUCAGUGCUGGUGGCGGUGUUGCUGCUGGGAAUGGUGCUGGUGGUGCUGCUGGUGGUGGUGGUGGUGCUGGUGGGGUGAGCAAUGGAGCGGGUCAAGCUGCCAUGUGGGCUGGUAGGAUGGCAGGGGGGGGUGGCAUGGCUGUUGGCAUGGCUGGUGGCAGCAUGGGAGGCGGAGGCAUGGCACCUGUGAUGAGAGGCUUGCCUGGAGGAGGUGUUAUGUUGCGGCCAGGUGGCAUGGUGAUGAUGGGGGGUCAUGAACCGGGGCAAGGCAUGGCUGGUGGUAUGGGCGGUGGCAUGUUGGGUGCAGGCGUGGGAGGGACAGGCAUGGGGGGUAUGGGAAUGGUAGCAGGAAUGGGAGGUAACAUAGCUACUGCAGGCUUGGGAGUGCAUGCGCGACCAGGUAUGGGUCUAGGUCCGGGAUCUGCAGGCGUGGGUCUACGCCCGGGAGCUGCAGGUGUGGUGAUGGGGGCUACAGUUACAGGCAUGGGUGCUGCAGCGAUGGCGGCAACUGGUGUGAGAGGAGGUGCAAGCGCAGGUGCCAUGGGUGUGGGUGCCGCCCUUCCUGGCAUGGCUAUGCCUUUGGGCAUGGGAAUGCUGCCUGGAAUGUUUAAGUUUCCGGGGUCGUCUGGUGGUGUGAUUCAAGGUGCAGGAUCUGGUGGUGCUGGUGUGCCGCCUGUUCAGUUUGGAGGUCUUACAAAUGGAAUUGCGUGA